AUGGCUCCGACGCGGAGUUUUCUUGGGUUUUUAAAUCCUAAAACGAUUAGUGUCGUUUUCAAUACUAAUAUUUCUAAAACUCCGUGUCGUUACAUACGUAGAUGUUACAACUGUAACAAUUUUUUAAGAGGUCGAGAAACGGUACCUCUAUUACUAAAUUGUAAAAAUUGGAAGUAUAAUGAAAUCAUUGGAAAACACCGAAACUUUCAUACAACAAACAAUUUAAAAGCUCGCGUUGAUUAUUACAAAGUUCUUGGAGUGUCCAAAAAUGCUUCUGUUAAAGACAUCAAGAAAGCUUACUAUCAAUUAGCUAAGAAGUAUCAUCCGGACGCAAAUAAGUCAGAUCCAGAAGCUUCGAAGAAGUUCCAGGAAGUUUCAGAGGCUUACGAGAUUUUGUCGGAUGAGAACAAGCGUAAGCAAUAUGAUACAUAUGGCACAACUUCUGAACAAAUGGGUAUGGGUGGGGCUGGUGGACCUGAUGGAUUCACUCAUCAAUGGCAAUACAAAUCUAUUAUAGACCCUGAGGAAUUGUUCCGGAAGAUUUUUGGUGAUGCUGGCUUUAAAAGUGAGGCUUUCAGUGACUUUGCAGAGAGUCAAUUUGGUUUUGGUGCAUCUCAAGAAAUAAUCGUAAAUCUAAAGUUCACCGAGGCAGCUCGUGGUGUUAACAAAGAUGUUAAUCUGAAUGUUGUUGACACAUGUCCCAAAUGUCAGGGUUCAAGAUGUGAACUCGGCACUAAAGCCAUCAAGUGCACAUAUUGUAAUGGCACCGGAAUGGAGACAUUUUCUAGAGGUCCAUUUGUUAUGAGGUCGACAUGUAGACAUUGUCACGGUACUCGUAUGUUGAUUAAAUUUCCAUGCCUUGAAUGUGAAGGAAAAGGACAGUCGGUUCAACGUAAAAAAGUUACGGUUCCAGUGCCAGCCGGUGUAGAAGAUGGUCAGACUGUACGUAUGUCUGUUGGAAAUAACGAAGUGUUCAUUACAUUCAAAGUGGAAAGCUCUAAGUACUUCAGACGAGAUGGACCCGAUGUUCAUACUGAUUGCUCGAUAUCUGUGUCUCAAGCACUUCUCGGCGGUACAGUGAGGAUACAAGGUCUUUAUGAAGAUCACACUUUGCAGAUCGUGCCUUGCACAUCAUCUCAUAGCACAAUACGUCUGUCUCGUAAAGGCAUGAAGCGUGUCAGUCAACAUGGUUAUGGAGAUCAUUAUGUGCAUAUUAAAAUACAAGUACCAAAAUCUUUAAGCGAUAAACAGAAGGCACUGAUCAGUGCAUACGCUGAACUAGAAGAAGACACACCGGGACAAAUACACGGAGUUGCUUUUGACAGAGAUGACGGUACAAAUAAUAGCGGUAGUGAUAAGAAAAUUCACGAGGCUAAUCGUGAGAGCGAUUUCAAAGAGGAGACGAAAUGGACGUUCAUUGAUAGUUUAAGCGAGGCGUUUGUAAAGAAUAGGACUAAUUUCCUCAUAGGUUUUCUAUCGUCGAUCGUUAUAGGGUUUUUGGUUUUGUCGAGCGAUCCCACUGAUAGGUCGGGCUUACAGAGAUAUAUGGAAAGUGGGACUAGCACAAAUUUCCCACCGCCCGAUGUACCGUUGGGUAAUAAAACUUCAAUAGCGGAGCCACAGAAUUUAGUAGACGCUAUAAAAGAAGCGCUGAAGGACAAGAAAAGUAUAGAACCCGGCGUCAGCGAGGAAGAUUUGAAAGAGUCAAAGCGCAGCAAAGGAUAA